ACGCUCACUGGUUCCGUGGUGCAAAGGCGCAACGAUUUGUUACCGUAACAUCGUAACGUCGUUAUACGUCAUCAUGCUACAAAUUUAAUAAAGUAUGAAAACUGCUGGGCGUUUUUCUUCAAAUCCUGUGGCAGAACAGUAACAAAUCGUUUAUUUACCACCUCAACCAUCCUGAUUGUAACCAAUCCUGACGAUGGACGACUUUCUGGUCAUUCUGGUGGACGUCGGAUGCCUGUGAAGCUGGGACUUCCAACUGACAACCCCCUCUUCGACCCAAAUUUACGCUGGAUCUUCGUGGUAUUUUUAGUGUUCCUGGACACUGUGUGUAUAUGUGCAAAAGACUGAUCUCAUUUGUGUCAUAUCAGUAACAUUAUAAAUAACAUUAUGCUUACAUUGUUUGAAUUGAACAAUAAUGCAGUCAAUAUAGAUUGAUCAUGCUCAGUAUUGACACCAUAUAAUAUUGUCAAACAUUUUUUUUUUGUGAUCUGUUGGUGUCAGAUUAUUUUCUCAAUAGCAUAUUAUUUUGGUUAAUGCAUUUGUACAUAGAAAGAAAAGUUAUUGAUCUUUAUUAUUAUCAGUAUGGAUGCUGAAGGAAAACCCAUAGUCGGUGCGAGCGAAAGCGAGAAAGAGCCACUUCUUGCAGAGGAAUGUGCUGAAGGAAAACCCACAGUCCAUGCGAGCGAAAGUGAAAAAGAGACACUCCUUACAGAGGAAGGUGAGGAAAAAAGACUCAAAACAAGGACAGAAAAAGGCAUGGAACAAUUUUUUACAUUUCUCAAGAGAUAUAGUUCUCAGGAACAAAAGGCAUGGUCAAUGAUUGAAGAAGUGUUAGUUGACAUAGAUGAAAAUAUAGAUCAGAAAAAUUUCAAAGACUUACGUAAACUUAAAGCAGAAGUUCAACAACUUAAAAUUACUUAUUCCGAAUGUGCAAGUGAAUUUAUGUCUUUUCUUAAAAGAACAAACACAAGAGAAAGCAUUGAAGAAUAUUCUGUCCAAGAACCAAGGUUCCAGAAACGUUCUCAAGUCAUAGAUCAACUCAUAAACCGAAUCGAGGAUGCCCUGCUGGAAGCAGCCGACACCAUAUCAAGAGCAAGUGGUUCGGAAGGAUCUCGAUCUCAUACGAGAAGUUCUGUCAGCGGAAUGUCAAGGUCUCAACGUGUUCACUUACGUCAGAAGGCAGAAGCAGAAAAAACUAAAUUAGCGUUUAUAAGAAAACAAGUGGACCUCCAAACAGAGAAGUCAAAAAUCGAAGGACAAAUUCAAAUUCUGGAUCAAACGUGUUCAGCAGCAAUUGCGGAUGCGGAAGCUAGAGUGUUUGAGGAAGUAGAAACUGAAAGUAAAAGUGUGCGGAAUUCAAUCUUAGAUGAAUUACCGAGUGAUAAUAGACAGCGAGUUGCAGACUUUGUAGCUAGUGUUUCUCAGGAACAAGACUCUAGUGUUGGAGCACAUGUGAACCCCAAAUUUGUUCAACCAAAGGAGGCUUCCCAUACUCAACCUAAGGAGGAUUCGAUGGAAUCGGUCACUAAAUUUCUACUAAGGAAGGAAGUCUUGUUGUCGCGAUUUAAAAACUUCAAUGAUGAACCAGAAGCUUACAAUGCAUGGAAGUUAAACUUCACUUCGAUUGUAAAAGACUUGAACAUUUCAUACUUUGAGGAACUUCAGUUACUCGUGCGAUGGCUAGGACCAGAGUCCUCCAAACACGCAGCAGACAUACAACAAGCAAACGCUGAAAAUCCUCGAGAGGGACUACAUCAAAUAUGGUCAAGAUUAGAUGAAAGGUAUGGGGCUAUCGAACUCAUUGAUGAUUCAUUGAAAUCAAAGUUAGCUGCUUUUCCGCAACUCUCGACAAAAGAUCCAAAAGAACUUUACAAACUGUCUGAUCUACUGACACAAGUUGAUGGUGUGAAAAAGAACCCUAAAUAUUCAGCAGCAUUAUCUUACUAUGACACCUCUCUUGGAAUUGCACCAAUAGUAAGCAAACUUCCUUAUCAGUGGAGAGAGAAGUGGAUAUCGAAGGCUUCAGAGUACAAGGAGCGUUACAGUGUUCCGUACCCACCAUUUACUUUCUUUGUGAAAUUUGUUCAAAACUUGUGUCGUGUGAGAAAUGAUCCUGGAUUACAGUUCAAUGAACCUACAAAGAAAGAUAUAAAACCCAAAAACACAGGACCGAUUCGUUCAAGGAAAACUGAUGUUAAGCCUAGCAAGUCAACAGGACAAAGAAAACCGUGUCUUUUAGAACAUAGAGUUGAAUCAAAUCACAAUAUCAAAGACUGUCGUAAGUUUCGUACCCUUCCUAUUGGUUCCAGGAAAAAGCUUCUCAAGGAAAACGGAAUUUGUUUCAGAUGUUGUGAUUCCAAGGAACACUUAGCGCGAGACUGUAAUGUGAAGCUUAAGUGUGACGUGUGUCAAAGUGACAAACAUUGUGGUGCCUUACAUGUUAACAGUUCCCAGGGCGGGGAGGAUAAGGAGAAUUCGCAUGGCGGGGAGAACAGUAUACCAUCAUCUUUUACAACAAACUGUACUCAAGUCUGUUCGCCUGCAUUCAGUGGCAAAUCCUGUGCAAAGAUUAUCUUAGUGAACAUUUUUCCAGUUGGUCGAGAAGAUCUAAAGAAAAGAGCUUAUGUGAUCCUUGACGAUCAAAGCAGCAAGACACUCGCAAAGUCAUCAUUUUUUGACAACUUUGGAAUCCAGGGACAAGACAUUUCAUAUACAUUGUCAUCAUGCAGUGGUUCAGCCAUGGUCUCAGGGAGACAGGCCUUUGAUUACGUGGUAUCUUCAAUACACAGUGGUGAACAAAUAUACUUACCAUCAAUUAUUGAAUGUGAUGACAUCCCAAUAUCAUACGAGGAGAUCCCAACCCCAGCUGUAGUGAAACCAUACAAACAUUUAUCAGACUUGGAGUCUGAGAUCCCAUCAAUAGACGAUGAAGCGGAAGUGCUUCUUAUUGGACGUGAUGUUCCCAAUGCUCAUCAUGUGUUGGAGCAAAGGAUUGGUAAUCCAAAUCUACCUUUCGCACAGCGACUUCCUUUAGGCUGGGCCGUUAUAGGGGAAUGUUGCCUAAGCAAAGUACAUAGACCUCAACAUGUGGUUGUGAACAAGACUCUGAUUUUACCAUCUGGACGAGGAACUCACUUUACCCCAUGUUCAUCAAAUCUAAGAAUCUCAACGUAUGAAAAUGAUAUAGACAAUCAUUUUUCAUGUGAGGGAAUUCAGCUUUCCCAGAUCUUUGAACGCACCAAAGACGAUAACAUUCCGGGAAUGUCAAUCGAGGACAGGGAAUUCUUAGAAAUCAUGGACAAAAAGUGCCAUAAAGACGAGACCGGACAUUGGUCAGCUCCUUUACCGUUCAAGUCGAACAGAGAUAGAUUACCUAACAACAAAGAGCAAGCGUUGAAAAGGACAUAUUCUUUACUGACGUCUUUUAAACGUGAUCAUGUGAAAAUGAACUUAGCCAUAAAGUUUAUGGAAAAUGUGUUUAAUCAUGGAUUUGCAGAGGAAGCUCCAGAGGUUCAGGAGGGAGAAGAAUGUUGGUAUCUUCCCAUCUUUCCAGUAUUCCAUCCUAAAAAGCCUAACAAGAUCCGUAUGGUUUUUGACUCUUCGGCUAUUUAUCAAGGACAUUCAUUGAACUCUACCUUGCUGCAAGGACCGGAUCUUACUAACAAUCUACUAGGUGUCCUUUUACGUUUUCGCAAGGAACGUGUAGCCAUCACGGGAGAUAUAGAACAGAUGUUUCAUAUGUUUCACAUUGACAAACAACACAGAAAUUUCGUUCGUUUCAUUUGGUUUAGAGACAAUGAUCCUACUAAGUCUCUUCAAGACUACAGAAUGUGUGUACAUCUAUUCGGGAAUUCACCAUCACCCGCUGUCGCCACAUACUGUCUUCAUAGAUGCGUAGAGGAACCAUGUGAUAUAGAUGUGAAAUAUUAUGUUACAAGAAACUUUUAUGUCGACGACGGACUGUCAUCCUAUGAUACAGACAAUGAAGCUUUAGAAAUCUUGUUACGGACACAGCAGAUUCUAAGAGAUAGAGGCAAAAUUAGAUUUCACAAAUUCGCUUCCAACAGCCAAAUUGUCAUGGAUUCUUUACCACCAGAGGACAGAGCAAAAGAUUUGAGUGAUGUACAUUUAGAUCUACAUACAACGCCUACACAGAGUAGUCUGGGUCUAAGUUGGAAUUUAUCACUGGACGUAUUUACCUUUCCAACAGAUCUCAAAGAUGUUCCAGAAACUAAGCGAGGUGUGUUGUCUUGUUUACAUAGCUUGUAUGAUCCUAUAGGAUUCCUGUCACCUGUCAUCUUGGCCGGAAAAUUUAUUUUUCGGGACAUUACGCAACUUCAAAUUGGAUGGGAUGAUCCUCUUCCUAAGGACAUACUUCAGCGCUGGCGGUCAUGGCGAAGUUCACUUCAUCAUCUUUGUAAUGUGAAGAUAGCAAGACAAUAUGUACCAGUAUCUUUAAAGAGUGCUGAAAGGAUUGAGCUCCACACCUUUGCAGAUGCAUCAGUUAAGGCUAUAUCUGCUGUCACAUAUAUCAAGGUUAUAAACAAGGGAACAACUUACCUAGGAUUCGUGACUGGAAAAUCUAAGCUGGCCCCUCAUCAUGGUCAUACAGUCCCAAGACUGGAACUCUGCGCCGCUCUCCUUGCUACUGAGAUUGCUUCAUUUGUUGAAAGCCAACUUGAUAUUCAGAUUCAUGACAUGAGAUUUUACACUGACAGUCGUGUUGUUUUAGGCUACCUAUACAACAAGACCAGGAGAUUUCAUACAUAUGUGUCAAACCGAGUCCAACGGAUACUUACCAAUUCAAAGUCGGAACAGUGGAUCUUUGUGACAUCAGACCAGAAUCCAGCUGAUGUAGGAACACGUUCUAUUCCUGCAAAUGAACUUGCAUCAUCUUCAUGGUUAACAGGACCAAAGACUAUUUUGAAUCAUGACCAACAAGAUUCUUCAAAUUACCCAUUAUUGGACCCAGAAAAUGACUGUGAAAUCAAAAAGACUGUCACUGUCGUAAAAACAAAUAUAUAUCAUGGAUUGAACACAAACAUGUUCACAAGAUUUUCAACCUGGAACUCUUUAAUUCGAGGACUAUCAUUCAUGCGUAGUGCUAUUCGUCAGAAACUCAAGCUUCAAGAACUCAGUCAGACAAAGCUUUACCAAAGUAUGGAAAAGCUUGUGAUCAAAAGUGCACAAUUUGAAGCUUAUGGGCAGGAUAUAGAGAGACUUAAAGAGCAUAAACCAGUCACUAAAGGUAGUCCGCUACAAAGUCUGGACCCAUAUCUGGAUAAUGAAGGUCUACUUCGAGUAGGAGGCAGGAUUCUCACUGGAGACGUAUUAGCUGGAGCUAACGGACCAAUAAUUGUUCCAAAAAAGUCGCAUGUGGCACGAUUACUUAUAGAACACUAUCAUCAGAAAUCUAAACAUCAAGGACGUCACAUUACAGAAGGUGCUGUAAGAUCUGCAGGUUAUUGGGUCAUGGGUGCCAAGAGACUUAUAUCAUCAUUAUUAUACUCCUGUGUAAUUUGUAGAAAGUUACGACGCAAAGUAGAAACACAAAAAAUGGGCAACUUACCCGAUUUCCGAUGCAAACCAUCACCACCAUUCACUUAUGUGGGAGUCGAUACUUUUGGACCCUGGGAGGUAACAGCUAGGAAAACAAGAGGAGGAGUUGCUAAUUCUAAAAGAUGGGGAAUCUUAUUCACGUGUUUGACGAGCAGAGCAGUGCAUAUUGAACUGGUGGACGAGAUGUCAUCCAGUGCCUUCAUCAAUUCCCUAAGACGUUUUAUAGCAAUACGUGGCAAGGUCACCGAAUUUCAUUCUGACAGAGGGACUAAUUUUGUGGGAAGUACAGAUGCACUUAACAUUCAUGCUAUCAACAUAGAGUCUCAAACAGUGAAGAAGUUUAUGGUGGAAAAUGGAUCUACUUGGAUAUUUAACCCACCAUAUGCAUCCCAUAUGGGAGGGAUAUGGGAAAGGAUCAUUGGAACAGCUCGCAGAAUUUUAGACGCAAUCAUCAUGGAGUCAAAGAAACCGCUUACACAUGAUGUUUUGAAUACUUUUAUGUACGAGGUUUGUGCUAUCAUCAACAGUCGGCCAUUAGCUAAUGUGUCUGUGGAUCCAACACAACCAUCAGUUCUUUCCCCUUCAGUAUUGCUGACACAAAAGACUGACGUCGAUUAUGGACCGUUUCAAGCAGUUGAUGUGAAGGACAUGUACAAAUCAUCAUGGAAACACACCCAAGUUUUAGCCAACCAGUUUUGGAAAAGAUGGCAGCAAGAAUAUCUUUACAGUCUUCAAAGCAGGCGGAAGUGGACUUGUGCUAAGGAAAACAUCAAAGUUGAUGAUGUAGUGCUCUUGAAGGAUACAGACACUGUAAGAUACGAAUGGCCCAUGGCAGUCGUUCAACGAACUUUCCCGAGUAAGGACGGUCAUGUUCGGAAAGUGGAACUACGCACUAUUAGAAAUGAAACCUGUAUUACUUGUGUGAGACCUAUUACCGAGAUUGUACACCUGUUUACACCAUCAAAAGAGUGA